AAUGGAAGAGUCAGAGAAAAAUCUCAAUUUGUAAACGACCCACGCGUGGCGUUCACAGAAUGUCACUGAUGAUAUGCUCUCCAGCAUAUUUCUUUGCCUCGAACUCUCAAUCUUUUUCCCGAGAACCUAAAUCUCAAGCUUCGAACCUGCCUUCUACUCUCAAAUGGUCACCAUUUUAUCAAAGAUUCUUCAAAACUGAGAACUUGGUUUCUCGCAGAAAAAGCAGGUUUCAUGUGAAUUCUGCUGAAUCAGACGCUGAUACCAGCAAAUUGCCCACACAAAUUUCUCGGGAAAAUGAAGCAGUUCCCACUAAUAAUGGAGGCAACCCAUCAGCUAGUUUGUUGUCAUUUCUUUGUCCCUUGCUCAAGCUCUUUUCUGGAGGAGAUCCCUCUAGGGAACGGAAUUAUACUUUUGAGGUAGCAACCUCAUCAUUGUCUACCUUGGCAAGACUUCCAUGGGGAUCCAGAUCACUGUCAAAGAGUAUCUCCAGCAAUGAAAUUGCCACUUUAAAUCCUCCUAUGCGUAUACAGAUCUUUGAGUUUGAGGCAUGUCCUUUUUGCAGGAGGGUUCGAGAGGCCAUAACAGAGCUAGAUCUUUCUGUAGAGGUCUAUCCUUGCCCAAAAGGUUCUGUAAGACAUAGAGAAAUGGUUAGAAGAGUUGGUGGCAAAGAGCAGUUUCCAUAUCUCGUGGACCCGAAUACUGGUAUUUCAAUGUAUGAGAGUGGUGACAUUGUCAAGUACCUGUUUCAGCAGUAUGGUCAAGGGAGAAAACCGUCAGUUGGGCUUUUGGAAAGCACAAUACUCACAGGAUGGGUGCCCACAAUUUUACGAGCUGGUAGAGGAAUGACGUUAUGGGAAAAUGCCAGAUUGGACCCACCACCCAAAAAGCUGGAACUUUUCUCAUAUGAAAACAAUCCGUAUGCUCGAAUUGUACGUGAGGCACUUUGUGAAUUGGAGCUUCCUUACAUCCUCCAAAAUGUUGGAGAAGGGUCCUUCCGUUCAAACAUACUUCUUGAUAUAACUGGAACAAAGGAGGUUCCUUACUUAAUCGACCCCAAUACCGGUACUCAAGUUGGUGAGUACAAGAAGAUUCUAUCGUACUUGUUUCAGACUUACUCAACAGCCACUGCAUAGUUUCUGCACUUGCCUUUGCUCUAUGAUUUUAGAAUACAAACACAGGUAUUUUACUUUCUUAUUCCUUUUUCAUUUUUUUUUUUUUUUUUUGAAAAAAAAAACUCAAUUACAUGCUGUAGAGCAA